AUGGAUCCACGGCACAACCAGAACUGGCCGCCACAGGCAUACAACAACGGGCAAUAUGUACCCUACCCUCCGCAACAGCAGCAGCCAAAUGCGUACCAGCACCAGGGGUAUGCGCCGCAGUACCCUCCCAUGCAGCAGCAGAUGCCCCAGGGAUAUCCGCAAUCGCAGGCCCCGCAGACUCAUCCACAUAUGAGCGUAUCUCGACCGCCCAGCCAGCAAUACCCGCCAAUGCCCCAAGCCUAUGCACAGCAGCAGCAGCAGCAGCAACCGCGCGCGCAACCACAGGUCGUCAUCCCGCCAAAGGCCCCAAGCUAUGUGUCGCCUAUGCAGCAUAUGCAACCGCCUAAGAUCCGGCAUGUACAGAUGCCCGUGCAGCGAAACAGCAGUUCUGGAAUUGCGCAAGCAGACGGGACGCAGGACCGCCGGCGAUACAGUAAUCAGCAGCAUCCGACGCCUUCGCAGUCGAAACAGGUCCAGCGAUCACCUGCGCUUCAAGAGAACGGCCCCCGACCGCAGCAGAAGACUUCGACACUUCCCGCUGACCUCUCAGUCAUGUUGCUCUCAGCUGCAGACGAGUACAUUGCUGCAGCACGUGGCAUGGGCACCCGAGUAGUGCGGAGUCGGCGAGAAGCCGAUGUGCUUCAGUAUCACAAAUUGAUGGCGACGGGUUUGGGCUGUAUGGACACUGUACUGAGGGACUUCCACCUGCUGCCACGUGACGAGGCUAGACUCAGACUCAGAUACGCUACUCUGCUUGCAGAGGAGACGGAUAAUACUGCUGAAAUCGACGAGGUUCUGUCCAAGCAGAUAUCGUUGUGCGGACGAUGUCGCUUGCAAGACUUAAAGUACGCUUCGCUACAUCUUCAAGCCCGCUAUCAAUUCAAGACAAAUCAUCGCGCUGCCCUCAAGUCCUUGGAUAAACCCAUCACCGAAGCGGAGACCUUUCAGCACAUCGCCUGGGUGUAUGCUUUCCGAUUCUUGAAGGUCGCGCUCACACUUCAGAUAUCGGGACGUAUAGAGCUUGUUCCUGCGCUGCAGCAGCUGCAUGCCAUAGCGGCGCACUCAGAGAGGCGAGGAGACAGAGCUAUAUACGUGGCUUGCAAUGCAUUAGAAGCGCUAGUUCAUCUGCGGUCGGGUGCUGCAGACAGGCUUGAACAAGCACAGCGUGCUAUAGCAUCCGCACGGAGUUUGCAGCUUCAAGUCUCUGCGGAGCAACUUGGCUCAUUCGGCACGCUUCUCGACAUUAUUGAUGUUACCUGUGGUAUCCACAACGGCGUUCCUGACGGCACAAAGUCGACUGCCUUGAUUUCUGGGGUUCUUGAUGAAAAGGCCGACGCAUUACAAUCCCACACCGGCAUACUCACCGUUGUAAUUGAAAGAAGCUCUGGCGGGAGCAUGACAUUUGAUAGUGGCGGCAUAUUUCGGAAGAACCCUGCAGGAUGUGAUGAACUCGUCUUUGUGUGGUUACCAAAGGAAGACCUACAAACACUGUGCUUCUUCAUCUGCGCCUAUGAUCAGCAUGUCCACGAGAAGGGUCUCAAAUAUAUCAGGGAAGCACAUCACCGGGCCAAGAGUGCAUCGAACCGUCACGUUUCGCACAGCAUCCCCAUUCCACUUGCGGUCGCCCAGCAAGAGUGGAACAGUGUGCUUGACUGGCAUUCUCUUUUCGUUAUUGGUCUCAUCGCGUGUCACCGGGAAGACGCAGCGACCGCUACUGAAGCCCUCACCAUCCUCAAGAAGCGCGCCGUCAAGUCGAAACCAAAUGAGGAGACUGCGCGUACGUUGGCCUACCUGACCGCUGUGUCCGACCAGAGAAAUGGCGCUUUCGAAUCCGCUUUGCGUGCUUACUCGUCAGACUUGUUUCAGUUGCCAUCACAGGCUUCUUCCGUUGGCACCAAAGUCGAUCUCGCGAUUCUCGCGGCUCUGAAUAGAGUGCUCAUUGUGAGAUACCCAGGCCAUCCGCAACAGCACAUCGCCACUACGCUGUUGAAGCAGCUGACACCACUGUGUGAAAAUCACCCCAAUCAGUACAUUCGUGUAGCACAUCGCCUUGUGCACGCUAUGUCAAGCCCAGAUACUACUACAGACGCUUCAAUCAUGCGCAAGAAGACGUUUGUACAAGCAGCCGUCAACCGAACAAGUGAUAUUCUCAAAAAAACACAAAAUCGCGAGUUUGUCACAAUGGCACUGUCCUACUUCAGCUCGAGCUUUUUCGCAAAUCAAGUCAGCGACAAAGCAGUUCAGGCGGUGCGAGCAACUCGGCACAACAACAAGUGGAGUCGCAGUCCAUUGUGGACGGCUGUUGCAGCCGGCAUGUGCAUGCAUACGUACCAACAGAACGGGUUACUGCAAGAUGCCCAGGAGAGUAAGCGCGAGUACGAGGCAGUGAUGCAUUUGCUGCCAUCUCCUUUGAGGAACGGAUCGGACGUUGACGCAGAAGGAGAGGAAGAGGAUGACGAUUUGGUAUGA